AACUUUUAUGCAAAGCUUUUAUACACGUACAUGUACAAUUAUACAAUGUCGAUCACCACAGAGGCACACGGACUCCUGGCAAUACUGAUCUACACAAUAGAUGGAUACUACUCUAAGGAUCUUACUCCCUGCAGGGGCGUAGCCAGGAUUUUGGAGAAAGAGGGCGCGAAGCGCCGAAAUUUGGUUGACCGGAAGCCACACCUCUAAUUGAUGACGUCAUACUUAGCUUAUCUAUCAAGUUGGGCGUGGCUGAAUGUUUAUUUGCAUUGAGAAGCUGGCCACGAUCACAAAAGCGAACUAGUUUAUACCACGAUCACAAAAGAGAACUAGUUUAUACUAGUUCUCUUUUGUGAUCGUGGCCAGAUUAUACUAGUUCUCUUUUGUGAUUGUGGCCACAGUUUAGAGACUGAAUCGUUUUCCUUGCCUAUACUAGCUAGCUAACAGCAGCAAGAUUUGGAAGAGAAGGGGUGCUCAGCUGGAUAAUCAGAUACAUUUCUCUGUGAUUUGUAUACUUGACUCAGGCUAGUUGGGGGUGCUCGAGCACCCCUAGCACCCCCCCUGGCUACGUCCCUGCUGUGUACUAGCCUGCAUAAGGCAAAAGUGCAUCUAUAAAAGAAGCAAGCCUUAGCAACAGCUUUAUUUUUGAAAAUGUCCUGUUCUGACAGAGUGAUUUCUUCUUCUCUGCUAAGAAAAGUUCUUGUUGGCCCUGUAUUGCCUUGCUUCAACAUAGGAAUGGACGAGUGGAUUAACUAUGACUCCGCCUUCUGCAGGAAGCGCUCUGCAAAAAACAAGCCCAGCCCCCUCUUUUGCAAAAAACCUGCACUCGAGCCACCCCCCCUAGCCCAAGCUUCUCGGUUCUGUACGGCAAGCAAAGAACAGCUUGCUACACUAUUGAAAACGUUUGUUCCCAAAAAGACGCAAGAGUCGACUGAAUGGGCAGUCAAAAAUUUUAAAACAUGGCUGCUGCACAGAAAUGAAUACGGAGGACGAAUUUGACAAAUGCCCAGAAGACCUGCUUGUGAAAAUGGACCCAGAACAGCUAAAUCAUUGGCUCUCUAUUUUUAUCGUAGAGACAAGAAAAGUGACAGGAGAACCCUACCCUCCUACAACUAUACACAGAAUCCUGUCUGGUAUUCUCCGAUAUAUGCGCUCACUGGAUGCAAAGAAAUGUCCAAAUUUCUUUGCAAAAAAGAAUCCGAGAUUUCAAACUUUCCAUAACACAAUGGACUCUGUUUUCAGAGAACUACGUAAACAGGGGGUUGGAAGUGACAAGAAACAGGGGUUGGAAGUGACAAGAAACACGCAAAAGCCUUCUCAAAAGAAGAAGAAAAACAGCUUUGGUCCUCAGGAGCUAUCGGUUCAAACGAUCCCUUGGCACUACUACGAGCUGUAUUCUAUAUAUUACAACGGAAAAUGUUUCUGUUUGAGAGGUGGUGUCGAGCACCGAGAUUUGAGGCUCUCUCACAGCUGAGAAGAGAGAAAGAUGGCUACACGUACACUGAGAAUUCUUCAAAGAAUCGAGCUGGAGGAAUUGCACAGCUAAAACUGGACAACAAAUCUGUGUUCAUUGCAGAGGUCCCUGAAGCUGGAGAACGUUGCCACUGUAACUUGCUUGACAAGUAUAUAAGCAAACUCCUUCAAGAGGCUAUCGAUGCUAAUCUGUUCUAUCUACAACCACUGAGGAAAGUAGCUACAGACUCUCAAAAGUGGUACUCAUCUGUUCCUGUUGGAAAGAAUAUGCUGUACAAAAUGGUAAACACAAUUUGUGCACAAAGAGGAACGAACUCAGAAGUAACCACAGUCUUAGAGUAACUGGUACAACUGAAUUGUACAGUGCCGGUGUUCUAGAGAAAAUAAUCAAGGAAAGGACUGGACAUCGAUCGUUAAAGUCCCUUCGAAUGUAUGAGCGAACAAGUGACAAACAACACCAUGCUGUCUCAAGAAUUCUCUCAUCAGACCGCGAAACAAGCUUCAACGCAGAAAUGAACAAGACGACUUCAACUCUCUUAAACUCCAGCCAUGGUCAGCCAGUGAUGAACUUUAGCAACUGCCAAGUAACAAUUGCAUACAAUCAAGGAAAUGUUACUGGCUCCACCAUGUCAUCAACGCAGCAAGCUCUAUAGAGAAAAAAACUGAACAGCUUCAUUUAGUUCAAAACUGAACAGCUUCAUUUAUCAUUUCUGUAUGUAGUUAGAUUUAUACUGUAACAUUCAAAAAUUACACUUGUACUUUAUACCCUCAAGCUUAUAAUUCCCUGGGAAACUUUGAGAUUAUGGCUCAUAAUUCCCUGCUAAACACACACAAGUGGGAUCUAAGUAUUUAAUAACGUUUCUAAUUACUCGCAAGGAGAUUCAUUGCAAUUUCCGAUUAUCUGCAAGUAUACAUUUUUGCGAUUUUACUCUCGUUCGCAGAAAUAGCAGAAAUUAAUACUCGCGAAAAUAUAUCACCUUAAGGUAUGCAUAAUCGUAACAUGAUUAAAGUAUAAUAAUACACACUGCAAAAAAUUUAAUGUUUAAAAGGGGUAAUAAUUAUAGCACACUUUUAUUUUUUACAAUGUACGGUACGGUAUAUUAGCACUUACUUUUUUUAAAUCGUUAAUGACAACAACAUCAUUUUCAUCGGUUUGAGCAUUAAAUAUCUUCCUUCGUUCGUCAGACACAUCCUCAUCCUGCAUAAUACAUAGUACAUUACUGCUAUAAACUGCAUGCAUUCUCUUACAAUGAAUAUCACGAGAAAACAUGUAUGUUGCUAUAGGAUUGGCUGGGGGAAGCACCAAAAAGCACGGAAGCAGCAAGCGGGAGAGAUCUGUACGUAGACCCUGGCAAAUUAUACCGGCAUAAUUUAUAGGUUAGGGAACUACGCUGGCAUAAUUGUGGCAUCAGUUUGGUGCAAUACAAUGGUCCUCCGCUGCUGCUGAAUGUUUUUUCUGCCUAGAAGAUAUGUUGAAUAUCCAGUAUGUACAAUACAACAGGAGACAAUUUUUUUUGUUACACUAGCUAUUACUAAAAAAUUUUUUAUGACGUCAAUGUGGGUGUAGUAUCUCCGCAUAUAAUUUUCAAUAAAGAAUAACUGAUUUGAACCAUAACUGAUUGAACCAUCUGCACAAAACUCAGAGAGCUAUACUUAUAUAUACAAAACACAAAAAACUAGCUUGAACUCAAAACAGUAAACAUGAAACAACAAAAUGAAUAUUAGUACAUGUACUCUACUCUGAACUAUAACCACUAGUUUAUUCUGAAACAAUGUCCUUGAUUGUUCAGGUUAUCACAGUGGGACAUAACGGGUUCUUUCGACAAGCAUAAUAGGCUGAAUUUGGGGCAGUGCUCAAAAGCAUAAUAGGAGUCAGGGCCUAGCUGUACGUCAACUGUCACAUCAUUUUCCAAUAAGGUUACGGUAUACCAUAUAUAGAGGGUAAUAUUAUUUUGUGGGGGUAAAAAAUUCGUUCAUCUCGAAAACAGUUGUUUUCCAACGAAAAUUAUCCGCUAUAUACGGUAGUGUUUCCACAUUGAUUAUUAUUUUGUGCAUUUUGUACAGUUUAGCAGAAAACAAUUUUUAGCCUAGGUAUAUUGAACUGAAGCUUCUGUUUAUUUAUAGGAAUGAAUGGGCAGGGCAACACAAAGAGAAAUGUUGAAUAAUAUUGUCGAACCGCCCACUCUCUACUUUUGCCUGAAGGUCCUGUAGAGGCCUAUUUGCAAUCGUAGAAGCGCCCACUAUUGCAGCUCACUAUUGCGCAUGCGUAAGCUUAUAAUUAGGUAAAGGUCAACAUGAUGCAUGAUUUUAAUUUGAGAUAGCUAGCUAGCUAGCUAGCUAGAGAUAGAGUAGAUAGAGUAGUGCUAGCUCAGAAACAAUGACUUUGGCUAGAUCUAUAUAGUUGUAUAAGUUUGUUAGAACUGACAUCAAGCGUUCAAGAUGACAUUGUUUCCCUCUGAACACCAGAACACAUGGUUGUCCAAAGAGCUCGAUGAAAAGGUGUUGGAAUUUCUUGAGGAACAGAGGAGCAAUGGACUUGCUGUUUCAAACAUAGUACUUCUCCGAAAAGGCUCUGAAAUUGCCGGUGGUUUGAGACUACAAGGAUUCAAGUGUACAUCAAGCUGGCUCCAACGAUGGAAAGGAAGGUACAACGUUGGCUACAGACGUGGCACCAAUGUGUCCCAGAAAGUACCAGCUGACUAUGCUGAUCAGAUUCUACAAGUUCGAAAGGAUGUUAUCUCGCUACGAAAGAAGAACUCGAUUGAGCCAUCACACAUCUACAACAUGGACCAAUUCAUGUGCCGCUUUGAUAUGUCCGGGAACAGAACCAACUCUGUACGUGGAGGAAGGAGUAUUCGAAUCAAAACUAUACCCGUGCAGAGUAGAAAGUGGUUCACAGUUGCUCUUGCUGCAUCAGCAUCUGGAGAGAAACUGCCAGCAUUCAUUAUCUUUAAGGAGAGAAAUGGAAUUCUAGGAGCUCGUGUUCUUAAGAAGCUGCAUGAUCAUCCCAAGCAAUGUUUUGGUGAGGGCCACAGCAAAUAGCUGGAUGAUACAAGCGGGGUAUCACCACUGGUUGCAAUGUGUGUUUAAGUCUCAGGCUAAGCGACGCAUCCUUGUUGUGGACGGCUACAAGCCCCACAAGGCUGUGGAGAGCAUUGAGAUUGCUAAGAGGAGAUGUAACUCUAAUGUUAUUAUCAUUCCUUGAGGCUGUACGUCGAUCAAUCAGUCCAUGGACAAAUGCAUAAAAACUUCAAAACCUACAUGAGGCAAGAAUGGGAGGAGUGGAUCAGGCAGGACAGACCCACCACUAAAGCUAGGAAUCUUAAGCAACCCACCAGACAAGAUGUCAUCGACUGGGUGUCAAGAGCCUGGGCAUCCAUUGAACGAGCGAGCAUUUUUUUUAGUUUGUGAAUUGGCUAAUGUUCUGGAUGGAACAGAGGAUGAUAAAGCUUCAGAUGAUAUUCCUGACAUCCCUCUCACUGACGAGGAUGAGGAAGAUCAAGCAAACCAGAACCCUUCAGACUCAAAUGUAGACAGCAUGGGGGAUCCCUUCUCUGAUGAAGACUCUGAAGAUCAAGAUGAGGAGGAUUGAGUUCACAAAUUAUUAUACUAUUCUUAUCAUGGCUUUUUUAUCUUGGAUCUUGCAUACAUGCAUGUAUCCUGUUAUCUCAUAGAUAUAAGAAGGGAGAGGGAUGGGAAACGGAGCACGUGCGCACAAUCACUUCUGUGUAAUGCCAGAAGUCGAUCCGUGUUUCGCCUCUAGACACCACGCCGCUAACCCAGCGGGAAAUCUUAUUACUAUCAUUCAUAGCUCCCCACUGGGACUCCUAGUCCUGUGCUGAUCAUCCAUGCCUACUGUAUGUGCAUCAUAUAUAAGCGUUGUGUAUCUACCAAGAGCUUGAACGUUUUCAAAGGCAGUUUUUUGAGUGUUGUAUUAUUGUUUCGGCUCUAUCUAGUGGCUUUGUGUACUUUCUACAAGGAGAGGCUGUGACUACAGCCCAAAAUAUUAAUGAUUCCCUCUUUUUAAGUAUAGCUGGGCAUUGUAUGCAAGCAAAAUCAAAGCCACUUGGCUUUAGGUUGGUAAGUAAUAUUCAUUUUUGUCUUAGUAAGCAGGUUUUGAAAAGCAGACUCUUUGUGUACCCAUUUAGAAAGUUAUAUCAAUGAUUGAAUGUAGGUAAAUGUCUCUUUGUAUUCAUUAAUUGAUAGUUGGUUCAUCGUAUCGGCACAGUAUUUUACGACAGAACUUUGCUGCAUUUCCAUAAUUCUCUAUCAUAUCUGUGACUGUACUGGAAUGAAUACUCAACGGUACAGACAGAGCUCCUCUCAAGAAUUUGCCUGUCCAAGCUGCUUUUUACUGCUUGGAGGGGUCUCACUAACUAUUGCUGCUACCUUGUUGUAACUGUUUCACUAUAUAUAGUACAGGUCAACUGAAAGUUAAACGUUAUAACGCGUUAGCUUCUCGUUAUUCACGCAUUACGUAUCGUUAGGGCUUCGUUUGCAGACCGCGCAUAACGUUCUAACGUUUCCUGGAAAAUUAACGUUCUUAUCAGUAAGAUUUCCUGCAAACCUAAUUUAUAGGUGUUAAUUAAAUAAACAGAACCCAUAAGGAAACUACAGGAGCUUUGUGCACAAGUCAUAAUACAGCACACUACUAAACUAGUUCUCGUUUUCUUUGCCACUGGAGGAGUCUUUCCUUUGAAGGUAGUUCAAAAGCCUUCCUCCCUCGUCGAUUGCUCUAUACAAUUUUUUUAGGCCAUCUCUCUCUGCUCACUCCCCUCUAGAGGCCAAUAGGUGAAGGCAUUGCUAAUAUACAUAGAGCUCAGUAGCUAGUUUAUAGCCUAUAGUACUACAGCUAGAAGCAUGGGCUGGAGGAUAUUAAGAAGAAAACGUUGACCGAAUUGCGGAUCGUCAAUGCUAUUUACGUAGCGUUUCUCCUCCCUCUCCCUUCUUAUAUCUCGGUGAUGUGUUGUUGAUUUACUGACAAGGUGUUAAUUGAGUUAGGUGGGCACUUGCACGUUCAGUAGCCACAUAAUCAAACCGCCCACCCCCUAAAUGUAGCUAUCAAAACAUAAUUAUUAUGGGCUGUUCGACGGUUAAGUACAGUAUAUAACAUUAUUUUAUCUAACUGAGAGGAAAAGACUUGUGUAUACAUGCAUGCAUCUAUUGUUAUCUUGUAUAGAUACACUUAAAACACUAUACAAUGACACCAUAAAAGAUAUCAGUUAUAAUAUUUUCCACAUGCACUGCAUAAUAAUUAUGUCAUCAUGCAGAGAGUAUUCGUUUGAACUGGUUAUUACUGAAAAAAUUGUGGACCUUGAGCUUAAAAUACAGUAUUGCAUGAUUUAGACUGUUAAUGACGUUGGUACAAAUUGUCACGAUUAUGGCAUAAUUAUAAUAGUGCUGAAAAAAUACAGACGCUGCAUGCAUGCUAAAAAAUGUUUGUAGCACUGCACUUGUACAGUUAAACUGUACAGCCAGUCUAGCUACAUGCAGUUGUAUAUAUGACAGGUAACGGCGUGUAUUAACAUAUCUGCGCAUGCACAAACAGUUACAUAAGAUGGCGGAAUUACAUGUAAAUGAAGUUGAACCAGAGAGGUUAUCUGCUUCAUAAGUGUUUGCAAAUCUGAAAAUGUAAUCCGGGUGGAAAUUGUUUGUUGCAAAUUAUCCGCUGAACUCGAUGUUUUUGCAAAGAGAAACAGAGAAACUGCUCCUCGAGAAACUUAUAUAUACACUCACUCAUGCACUUAUACACUCACUCGCACUUAUACAUGUACUUUACUCAGUCAGAUAAAAUGCGGUAUAAUUAGUGAAAUUCUUCAGGUAACAAUAUUAUUUUAUGCAUGCGAACAUUUUUGGACAUUCAUGCAUACCCCACAUUUAAAAAGGGCUCAAGCUGAGCCAGUUUCAGAUUUGGUCUUUCCUUGCAGAGAUACAACUGUAUAUAACAGUUUGUUGCAUUUUGAGUGGGCAGAUCAAAGGAAACACUGUGCCAAUAUCUGCCAUAUGGAACAGGUCAAGCCUUGAACUGUGCCACUAUCUAGAUACUGGCAUAGUAUGGCUGAAGUUACCUAAAGCCCACCCUCCACCCAGUAACCUUAAACGUUAUAGUAUAACACUGUUAAACAGAUUCAGUGGUAGGCAGAAAACGUUUUUCAUGCGUCUGGAGCAUUCCACAGCCACCACAAGUAGUUGAAACUAGUUGUCCUAUAAAAGGAGUGAUGUGUACACGGAAAGGAAUGCACAAGGAAUGCAACAAAUCAGUUGUUACACAGCUCACUCGUGCGCACAUGGGAUAUAUUGGCUCAGUAGUGACUUAGGCCCGAGGGCCGCAGCACUCGUGCAUGUGUCACAACUAUAACUUAAACAUACAUGCAUGUACGUGCAACAUUGCUAAACAAAAAACUAUAAAUGCUCUAGCUGCCAAUCCUAUACAUGUAUAAUUAUUAAUAACUGACCUCGGC